AUGCAGGGGAGAGGCAGCCGUGACCGGAGAAGGGAGAAGGGAGACCUCACCGGCCGGCCGUUGCGCUCAUCGGCAGGAGCGGGGAACGAGCCGCCGAAGACGACGACGACGAUGGCGACGGGGGAUGGCGUCGGGCGAUGGCGAACGGCGACGGCGUCUGGCGAUGGCGAACGGCGACGGCGUCGGGCGACGGCGUCUGGCGAUGGCGAACGGCGACGGCGUCGGGCGAUGGCGAACGGCGACGGCGUCGGGCGACGGGGAACGGCGGCUGCAGAGGAGAAAGCUGCUUCUCCUUCGUGUCUGGCUGUCUGCGCGAAGAGGAAGAAAUGA